AUGUUGGCCGACGAAAAAAUAGGUGCGGAGGAGACACACCAAGAACAUGUAGGUGCCAUUGCGAAGGACGAGAGUAAUAUAGCUCAAGUCAAGGUUGUGACCGGCGAUGAGGCUUUUGCGCAAGCGAUGUUGAAGGAGCCACCAAAAACGUGGUCGGCUCGAUCCUUUAUACUAUACGCCUGUGCCGUGGUAGCUUUCUUCUGCAGUACAUGCAACGGAUUCGAUGGCUCUAUGUUCAACUCCCUCCUCGCAAUGGAGCAGUUUAGAAAGUACUUUAACGUUCAAAACGAUGGUGCUUGGACGGGCAUAGUUACAUCGAUGUAUUCGAUCGGAAGCGUUGUUUCUAUUCCAUUCAUUGGACCAGCGAUUGAUACUUGGGGAAGAAAAGUCGGUAUUUAUAUUGGAGCAUCGUCGAUUGUCUUGGGAACGAUAAUCCAGUCCACCACACUCCACUCGAGUAAUGCGAUCGGACAAUUUAUGGGCGGCAGAUUUUUGCUUGGAUUUGGUGUGGGAAUAGUUGCAUCGGCAGGACCAACGUUUGUUGGCUCAAUUCUUGCUUCUGGAGCUGCACGAGGAAGUGCAAAUCUAACUGGCAAUAUGGCUUGGCAAGUUCCAGUCUGGCUGCAAAUGGCAUUUCCGGGACUUUGCAUCUGCUUGGCAUGGGCUCUUCCCGAAAGUCCACGCUGGCAAUAUGUACACGGCCAGCGAGAAAAGGCGAAAGCAAUGCUUACACGAUAUCAUGGCGAAGGGAAUCCGAAUAGCGUUUGGGUCGAAAUGCAGCUUAAUGAGUAUGAAGAGUUUUUGGAGUUGGAUGGCGCCGAUAAAAGAUGGUGGGAUUAUCGAGCGCUGUUCAAAGACAGGGCUUCAAGAUAUCGUUUAGCUUGCAACUGCACAAUCGCUAUAUUUGGGCAGUGGGCCGGAAAUGGUCCACUUUCGUACUUUAUUUCAGCUGUUCUUGACACGGCAGGAAUCACGAACUCGAUAACACAACUUAACCUCAACCUGGGUCUAAAUGUCAUGCAAUUUGCGCUUGCUCUAUUCGGUGCUACGCUCGUGGAUAAAGUUGGGCGCCGUCCAUUAUUAUUAUUCGCAAACAUCGGAUGCGCCAUAGUCUGGAUCGGAGCCACCGUCUCAUCGUCCAUCAAUUCCAGCACAGGUAGCAAGAGCAGUGGCGGAGCUGUUGUGGCCAUGAUAUUCCUCUUCGAUGCCAUCUUCAGCAUAGGUUUUACACCUUUACAAGCAUUGUAUCCAGUCGAAGUCCUGAGUUUUGAGAUGAGAGCCAAAGGAAUGGCAUUCAGCAACUUUGCUGUGUCAGCAGCGACUCUUGUAAAUCAAUUUGCAUACCCUGUGGCUCUGGAAAAGAUCAAAUGGAAGACAUAUCUUGUUUUUGUGAUUUGGUGUCCAAUCCAAGCUCUUGUGAUUUACUUCUUUAUCCCUGAGACGAAGAACCGUACUUUGGAAGAAUUGGAUAACAUCUUCCGAGCCAAGAACCCGAGGAAAGCAUCUCUGGAGAAAAAGAAGUUAGCUGUUGACGAUGGUGCAAACGUUUUGAAAGUGGAAGAAGUCAUUUGA